AAUACUUUACUCGCGUGAUUAAAAAUAAAAACGCACCAAAUAACUCCUCUCUCGAAAAAGAGAAUUGAGAUUUGAGCGUAGAAUACAAAUUUUGGUUAUUUUUCAACCUCUCAUUUGUUUGAUUAUCUUCUAACUUUGUCUCUGUUUAAUUAAUGGCGUUAGAUUCUUCUCUAAUCCCUCCUUCACCCAUCACGGUGAUCGACCUCGAAGCUGGUUCCACCGAACUAAUUCAGUGCCGUAUAUGUUUUGAAACUGAAGGCUCGGCUCGAACUCCAGACCUAAGGGCCCGGAUUCCUUACCAUUUGUGUUUUGGUAGACAUUUCAUAGCUCCUUGCAAGUGUAAAGGUACAUCAAAAUAUGUUCAUCGAGAGUGUUUGGAUAAUUGGCGAGCAGUUAAGGAAGGAUUUGCAUUUGCUCACUGCACUACCUGCAAGGCUCCAUAUCAUUUGCGUGUUAAUGGUGCUUAUAGGAUAUGGCGUACCUUGAAAUUUCGGUUUUUUGUCACCAGAGACAUUUUGUUUAUAUUCCUGGCUGUACAGCUUGUCAUUGCUUCACUGGCUUAUUUGGUUUAUCUAGUAGAUGGUUACCAACAGUAUUGGCUUCGUCUUGUUUGGAGUUUUGAUAGUGAGCUGAGCUUUUACUACAUAUGUGGAGCUCUGUUGUUUUUUGUGUUGCUUGGCCUGUCUGGGUGCUUCAUUACCUGUUAUGAUGGAAGAAUUUGCAAUGAUUUGGCUCAGCCUUGUCGUGAAAUAUGUCUUUGUUGCUGUCAACAUGGUUAUUGCAGAGUUUGUGCGGACAGUCGUAUGUGGACGGAUUGCACUGCAUGCUUUGAGAGUUGUGGAAACAUGGCAACUGAAUGUGGUGGUUGCAUGGGAGAUGCUGAGGAAGGAAGGCUACCAUGUUUAUUCAUAAUGGCUUUGAUUUUUCUGGGACUCUUUACUGUGUUUGGGAUAUUUUACUGUGUAUUAGUGGCUACCAUGGUCGGACAACGGAUUUGGCAGCGUCAUUAUCACAUACUUGCGAAAAGGAUGCUAACAAAGGAGUAUGUCGUUGAGGACAUCGCUGGAGAAAUAACAGGGUCUGAUUGGUCUCCUCCAUCUCUCCCACCUGAGCAUGUUCAGCAGCUGAAAACAUUGCGCCUCCUAGAGUGUGAAGGAGUCAAUCUACCUGCUGAGGAGAAUGACCGUAGAGGUAACACUGGCACCGUGUUUGGUAGUCUGGUCCUUGUCAGGGAGAUAUGCAAUUAGGUGAUAAAAUUUCUGAGCCACUCAACUCCUUUAGUUGAGAUUUGUAUAGUUGUGGUGAUAGUUAAAA